CACUAUAUAACCUCUGGACCGCCUCUUCAUCUUCGGCGUCUUCUCUCUCUCUACCCGUGCGAGGUCUGGGACGCGGCCGUCUCCGGCGCCUCGUGGUUUUCUCCGAUGGCCUCCCCUAGCCAAGCCAGCCUCCUCCUCACCAAGCAACUGAGAGAUCUCAGCAAGAACCCGGUGGAUGGUUUCUCGGCUGGACUUGUCGACGAUGUUAAUGUUUUUGAAUGGAACGUCACCAUCAUCGGCCCUCCUGACACGCUUUAUGAGGGUGGCUAUUUCAAUGCGAUUAUGAGUUUUCCUACUAAUUAUCCCAACAGCCCUCCAACAGUUAGAUUUACAUCAGAGAUGUGGCAUCCAAAUGUAUAUCCUGAUGGGCGUGUUUGCAUAUCAAUUCUUCAUGCACCUGGGGAUGACCCGAAUGGCUAUGAGCUUGCAAGUGAGCGUUGGACUCCUGUGCAUACGGUUGAGAGCAUAGUCUUGAGUAUUAUCUCCAUGCUUUCCAGUCCCAAUGAUGAAUCUCCCGCAAACAUUGAAGCUGCAAAGGAAUGGAGAGAGAGGAGGGAUGAAUUCAAGAAGAAAGUCAGUCGAAUUGUGAGAAAAUCUCAAGAAAUGCUGUAAAGCUGGUUUGGGAACAAGAACAAACCAUUGUUAAACCCCCAUUUGAUUCCCCAACCUCACAAAUCUCUGCAAAAAAAUAAUAAUAAUAAUAAUAAUAAUAAAUUAAUUUUAAUUUUGAAUUGGGACCCAUUGGGUGGUUGCUGUUGUGUGGUGUUAAUUUUAUUGCUCUUCCUUGUUCUUGAAAUAGAGUCUUGCUUUUAAGCAGUGAUGUUUUUGUCUUAGGAUAUUGUGGAAUAUAUGCUUUUUGGUUUAUUUUGGCCAA